UUUUCGACCCGAUUCGGAAACCCGACCCGGAAGUUCGCCAUCUUUGUAUUAUCCAUUCUGAACUCGAAACUGUUUUGAUCUCUUCGGUUGGUGUAAAAUAUACGGUUAGGGUUUUUUUUCCUUUUACUGCAGUGGGGAUUUAUUUUGAUUUGUUUCUCGUUUCUGUAUGUUUUAGUCAAUGUUUUAUUAGUCGAAAGAGGCAAAAUGUCAAAAUCUUGCAAGGGCUUGGCUAUGGAGCUAGUCAAGUGUCUCAGUGAAUCGGAUUGUGUAAAGGUUGAGAAGAGAUCUUACAGGGAAUGUGUUGGAGAGAAGAGCCCAUGCAUAUCGAGCGAGUGUGUUGGACUAAGGGAAACUUAUUUCAGUUGCAAGAGAGGCCAGGUUGACAUGAGAGCUAGGAUCCGCGGAAACAAAGGCUACUGAGAAAUUAAGCUGCCUUGCAACUUGCACUUUGUUGUGGUUGGUAACAGUUGGUUUUGGACUGUGCUCUUGUAAUGCUAAUUACUCAGUGGUAAUAACCGAAAGUGGGGAAGGAAAGCAAAGCUGAAUAGAAAGCUCCAAUCAGCUAUCCAAAACUCCAUGGACUAAAAAAAAUUUUCAGGCUAUCUUCAUAUGAUAGGAUGCGGCAUUUGUUUUCUUUCUUUCUUUAUUUCUUUUUCCCAUAUAUUUCUUGUUUGGUACUAAUGGGGUGUCCACAACCAGAAAAGCUUUUUCUUUUAUGUAUUUUGUGAGGUAGUUCAUGAGGAUGAUUAAACUACUGAUACCUUAGGAUAUAGGGCAAGUUUUAUCAUUUUACACUGGAA